CCACAACUAGGAGAAACUGUCAACGGCGCAGUGCUCCGCGUCCUUGGCAACCACGGCGAGAACGUUCGUGGACAUCAGACGCGAGGCGAUGGUGGAGGAGGAACUGCUGGUGGAGGUGGAGGUCUCCUUCCUGCUCACCACUCCCCCGCAGGUCUCUGGCUUCAUCGUCCACAUCGGGGACAACGGCCUCUCGUACGGUGCAGACGUCGUCAGCACCGACGGCGAAGCCGUUCUGCUAGAGAUCACAAUGGCCAAAUUCUGGCCGGGGCGCUAUUUCGUGUACAGGGCCGGCCGAGGGGGCCCGCCGUCGCUCGAGGCACUCCCUAACCCACCUCUGGACAGAUUCCACCCCACCCACGAGGUCGGCAUCAUCAGCCACGCUGAGGGCUACGUCGUGGCCGCCAUGGUGCCGAAUCACUACAUCGGUGGCGUUUUGAACCCUAAUUACGAGCUCUUCCGCUACUCGUCCCACACCAGGACAUGGAGCACCAAGGUGAUCCCGUUUGAUCGCACCAGCGCCACUGACCUGGGUCAUGUCUGUGGCCAUACGACCAACAAGGUGAUCACAGUGGGAGGGGAUUCAAUCGGGUGGGUCGAUCUUUGGCGUGGUAUACUUGUUUGCAACAUGCUCGACGAGGACCCGGUGGUGCGUUUCUUGAGCCUCCCUGGCCGGAUGCCCACGAACGCGCGGCCCUUGGGAACAUGGUCUGCUUCUGCUAGGUCGUAUAGGGACGUGAUAUGCGUUGGCAACACACUCAGGUUUGUUGAGUUAGAGUAUUACGACGAUGCAGAUGACGAGGAUAUAGACUAUGGUUGGAAGGCAACGGUUAUGGAGAGGGCUCUCGGUGUAGACAGUGCUUUACUGGAAUACAUGCUUUACUGUAGACAGUGCUGAUGUCCUUUUAACCGAUCAAAGCUGGGAUUUGUUGUCAGAAAGGUUGUGGGAUAAUGAUGAGGAGAGACUUUCCUUGAGUAGUUUUGUGUCCUCUGCUCCUACCCUUGGCAUAGAUGAUGGCAGUCUUUACAUCAUGUCUAAGCGAU